AUGCGCUCUAACACAAACUCGGGUUUGCCCAAGGGCUCACGCGGUUCUGACGGCUCCUCGGACCGUCAGAACCCCGACCAAAAUCCUGUUCGGUAUGAAGACGAGGAAGAACGAGAGGAAGGCAAGGUUUCUCCGCCGUCCUCUCCCCCAUUGACGCCAAUGGACGUCGAUGGUCAAGAGUAUCUGGGAGGCCCGGAGCCCGUAUGGGCGCCGAGGUCUCAAAUUGUAGGGCAAUCGUCGCAGGGCUCUCCUGUGUACCUGCCCUACCGUCCACGGACAAUCGUGCCGUGUUUGCUGGAGCCCGCUGAGCCGUACCAUCCGAAGAGUCCGGCACCGGCUUUACGGUCGUCGUCUCCGACGGUAAGUCCACUGUCAGAGGACUCUGAGUCCUUGAGACCCUACCGCACUCGGCUGGCGCUGCCGCCGUGGCUGCGGCCCGUUGAGGAGGAGGAGGGCAGUGAUCAGGAGGACGACGAUUCGCCUCAGGUAUCACCGUUGACCAGUCCGGGCCCAGCAUCGGAGGGCCGUCUUCCUUCGGAUUACCACCGUCGUCGCGCCGCAUUGCCGGCAUGCCUGCGCACUGCAGAAGCACCAGCAGGUACGUCCGUGGAACAGCUGCGCCGGCACCCCCUCCCUCCAUCGCUAUUACCGCAGCAGCCCACCUCUUCCAACGACCGAGCCAUGUCCUCCAAUGCUCAGGCAAUGGCGCAAAAUCGCGGCACUAACGCCGAGUGGCCCUUCCCUUAUAGUAACCUGCACCGAUUCGAAGGUGACGGAUGGGCCGCUGUGGAACACCCCAGCUCCGCUCUCACCCAGGAUUGGGCCCGCAACCUGCCACCACCGCCCAACGUUGCGGAUCCUGUGGCUCGGGUGUUGACGGAUCCGUUCUCGCACCUGCGGAACCCGAGGAGGAUGUUCAUCGUGCGCCGCUCUUAG